AUGGCACCAAUAGCGGGAAAUGGAGCGUCGGGAUCAGCGAGUCUUUACAAGGUGUUGGAGAUCAGAGCGCUGAAGCGGCAGAAGCGGAGCGACGAGGCGAGAAGCCUGCUGGAGCGAGUGGCGAAGCAGGUUGAGCCGAUUAUGAUCCGGCGCCGAUGGAAGCCGGACUCAUUCUUCCCAUACGAGCAUGUGUUGGGCACCAUGCUUCACGAGCUCACUCACAUCGAACGAGGCCCCCACGAUGCCAAGUUCUACAAGCUACUAGACGAACUCAAUGAGGAGUGUGAUGAUCUCAUAGCACGAGGCAUAACAGGAACGCCCUUUGGGGGAUCUGGUCACCGCCUCGGCUCCUCUGCUUAUCCCUCCAUUCGCCCAGUCCGCUUAGGCACUGCUGCUGCUGCUGCUGCUGCUGCUGCUGCUGCUGCUGCUGCCAGCGCUGCUGCUUCUUCCUCUUUCAGGGUUGUUACCCCUGCUGGCCCUUCUUCUGCCCCGUCUGCUGCUGACGGGGCAAGCAGAAAAGCAGCGGCAGCAGCGGCGGAGCGGAGGCGGCAGCAGCAGCGGAUCAUGAUGCCUGUGGGCGGGCGGCGAUUGGGCGGCGACAGUGAGAUUAUGAAGGUGUUGAGUCCGGUGCAGGCAGCUGCUAUGGCAGCAGAGAGAAGGAUGAGGGACGAUGUGUGGUGUGGUGGGCAUGGGAGCGAGGGAGGGGAGGGAGGAGAGGGAGGGGAUAGGGGUCAAGGCGGGGCGAGGGAAAAGGAAGAGGAGGAGUGGGAGAGUGCAAGGGAAGUGAGAGAGGGUAAUGCGUCACAGCAGCGUGCAAACGAUGUUAGACACGAUGAUAGAGUUGAUGGUAGAGAUGAUGGUAGAGGAGGAAUGGCAAUGGGUGAAGGUCAUGGUGGUGCUGUUGGUUCUGGGUUGGAGGGGGAUGAAAUAGGGGCAGGCAGAGGGAGGGUGAGGAGUGGAAGUGCGCAGAGUGACGCGUCCAGGCAUCAGGACUGUGACUGUAACGGUGGUUGUGAUUGUGUACAAGGUGCAAAUGGCUUCAGAACGGGGGAGGCGAGCCAGGCUGGUGGGGCAAGGAAGCGGCCAAGUGUGACUGAGGAGCAGAGCAGUAGGAGCAGAAAGAUGCCUGCAAGCAGUGCUGUAGCAAGUAAGAGAGCUGAUGCGGCCAGAGAAAGAUUCACAGAUGGGUCUAGAGGGGGCGAUGUGUCAGGAGGAGAGCAGCAGGCAGCGGGAGCAGGCAGGGCAGAGGGAGCAGAGGGUGUGGGGAGAGAAGACAACUGGACGUGCCGUGUUUGCACACUGAUUAACCGGGGCAUUGUGCUACAGUCCAUAUGGACGUGUGGACAGUGCACGCUAGGGAAUGGUGGUGGUGGUGGUGGUGCUGCUGCUGCUGCUGCUGCUGCUGCUGCUGCUGCUGUGGACCACGCUGCCAGGUGA